AUGCCGUCAGUGUACGGAGCUCGACUGACCACAUUUGAAGAUUCUGAGAAGGAGAGCGAGUAUGGAUACGUGCGCAAGGUGUCAGGGCCAGUCGUGGUUGCUGAUGGCAUGGCUGGUGCAGCUAUGUAUGAACUGGUCCGUGUUGGCCAUGACAAUCUAAUUGGUGAAAUUAUUCGUUUGGAAGGAGAUUCUGCUACAAUCCAAGUGUAUGAGGAGACAGCUGGUUUGACGGUGAACGACCCUGUUCUUCGGACGCACAAGCCCCUAUCCGUUGAGCUGGGACCAGGAAUAUUGGGGAAUAUUUUUGAUGGAAUUCAGAGGCCUUUGAAAACCAUUGCAAGAAUAUCCGGUGAUGUCUAUAUUCCUCGUGGAGUCUCUGUUCCUGCCCUUGACAAAGACACACUCUGGGAAUUUCAGCCUAAAAAAAUAGGUGAGGGAGAUCUUGUGACUGGUGGAGACUUGUAUGCUACUGUAUUCGAGAACACUCUAAUGCAGCAUCAUGUUACACUUCCUCCUGAUGCUAUGGGGAAAAUCACUUAUAUUGCACCUCCUGGUCAAUAUUCAUUGAAGGACACUGUGCUAGAGCUUGAGUUCCAGGGUGUCAAAAAGCAAUUUACCAUGCUUCAGAAUUGGCCAGUACGUACGCCAAGACCAGUUGCGACAAAGCUUGCUGCUGAUACCCCUCUACUUACUGGGCAGCGUGUCCUUGAUGCCCUUUUCCCCUCAGUCCUUGGUGGAACUUGUGCUAUACCUGGUGCAUUUGGUUGUGGAAAGACUGUCAUUAGUCAAGCUCUUUCCAAGUACUCUAACUCUGAUACCGUUGUGUAUGUGGGCUGUGGAGAAAGAGGAAAUGAAAUGGCAGAGGUGCUCAUGGAUUUUCCACAAUUGACCAUGACUUUGCCUGAUGGCCGGGAAGAAUCUGUCAUGAAGCGUACAACCCUUGUAGCCAACACCUCUAACAUGCCUGUUGCUGCUCGUGAGGCUUCAAUUUACACAGGAAUCACUAUAGCUGAAUACUUCAGAGAUAUGGGCUAUAACGUGAGCAUGAUGGCAGAUUCAACAUCUCGUUGGGCAGAGGCAUUGCGUGAAAUUUCUGGACGGCUGGCAGAAAUGCCUGCUGAUAGUGGUUAUCCUGCUUAUCUGGCAGCACGUUUGGCCUCCUUUUAUGAACGUGCUGGUAAAGUAAAAUGCCUUGGUUCACCAGAGCGUACAGGCAGUGUCACGAUUGUUGGUGCAGUUUCCCCACCUGGAGGAGAUUUCUCAGAUCCUGUUACAUCUGCUACCCUCAGCAUUGUCCAGGUCUUCUGGGGUUUGGACAAGAAACUUGCACAAAGGAAACAUUUCCCUUCUGUAAACUGGCUUAUUUCCUACUCUAAGUACGCAGGGGCAUUGGAGUCAUUCUACGAGCGAUUUGAUCCAGAUUUUAUCAACAUCAGGACAAAGGCACGUGAAGUGCUCCAAAGAGAAGAUGACUUGAAUGAGAUUGUCCAACUUGUUGGAAAGGAUGCUUUAGCUGAAGGAGAUAAGAUCACCCUGGAGACUGCAAAACUUCUGAGGGAGGACUAUCUUGCUCAGAAUGCAUUUACUCCAUAUGACAAGUUCUGUCCUUUCUACAAGUCUGUUUGGAUGAUGCGCAACAUAAUUCAUUACUUCAAUUUGGCCAAUCAGGCUGUUGAGAGAGGUGCUGGCAUGGAUGGUCAGAAAAUAACAUACACCCUUAUCAAGCAUCGGUUGGGAGAUCUCUUCUAUCGUUUAGUAUCCCAAAAAUUCGAGGAUCCAGCAGAAGGGGAAGCAGCUCUCGUUGAAAAAUUCAAAAAGUUGCAUGAGGAUUUGACUGCCGGUUUCCGUGCCUUGGAGGACGAGACUCGAUGA